GCAGAUCUGUGUUUCAUCUGAAAUUGAGUCGAGUCUAAGAACUGGUUUGGGGAGGAUAACACGAAACAGUGAAAUGCAACUGAAGAUGAGAUGUGACCAAUGGGUGAGCUGUGCAAAGCACUUCCCCCGCCGGGCCACCGCCCCCGGUCCUGCAUGUGCGCCAUGUGUACGGCCGACAUGGUCCACAUGGAUCAGAUUAUCAAUCACAAAUAUACAAGUAGUCGAUCGGAAACCAAACCUGUCAUCCACCUUUCUCAAUUCAACAACGCUCGCUGUCUUCUUCUAUAUGCGCUUUCAUAAUCCGCACUAAAGCAGCACCAUUCUCUCUCUCUCUUUCUAUAUGUAAAGCUUUCUGUGCGCAGACGAAUGAAGCAGAAACAGGCGUCUCUUCUGUUGUUGCUGGUUGAAUUCUUGGGUAAUUGUCAUCCUUAACUGCUGCCAUGGCCACCUCUUCUUGCUUUGCCCUCCCUCGAAUCUCCAUUCUUCCAUCCGAGCUCAAACACCCAAGAUUGGCUUCAAGGAUUGCAGGCGAGGUCCAGGGAAAUGGGAGCUCAAUUGUUGCUCUUAGAACUGCAAACUACAGACUUAUAUGCCGAGUUGGGGAAACAGUAGGGAAGCUGAGAAAUGACUACUGCAGCUUUCUUGGGGGUUCGAAGGUCCCCGUUCUACCUGUGGUUGGAAAGAAAUGCUUGCACAGAAGAAGCUUAGUGGUGUCUGCAUCAUUGUUGCCAGCUUCUCAAAUUGCUAGCAGCGCUUUUACAUGGGGAACCAUAGCUGUUCUUCCAUUUUAUACUCUCAUGGUUGUGGCGCCCAGAGCUGAGUUGACCAAAAACUUAAUGGAAAGUGGCAUACCUUUUAUUGCGCUUGGACUAUUGUAUGGCUAUCUUCUAUAUCUCUCUUGGACGCCUGAUACGAUACGGCUGAUGUUUGCUAGCCAAUACUUGCUGCCAGAGCUUCCAGGUAUAGCUAGGAUGUUUGCCAACGAGAUGACAUUAGCUUCUGCAUGGAUCCAUCUCUUGGCUGUGGAUCUUUUUGCUGCAAGGCAAGUAUACCAAGAUGGACUGCAGAAUGAUGUGGAGAUCCGGCAUUCUGUGUCGCUAUGCUUGCUCUUUUGCCCCAUUGGAAUUCUUGUUCAUUUCAUAACCAAAGCUCUACCCAGAAAUCCUGAGAAAAAGGAAAGCACAAUUCAUUAACAGAUGAACAAUUCAUUUUUACAGCAUUGUUGCCUAGUUGUAGCUCUCAGCUCGGUGUAUAAUUGCUUCAAUGGAGACAUUUUAGAGCUAUACAAGCGCGCUCUCUCUCUCUAAUGUAACAUUUUACCAUGGAUCAUUGGAUGUA